AUGCUUCACCAGAUUCGGCGGUUCAUCUCUUACCCAGCCUCCUCUCUCGUGAUGACGUCAAAUGCAUGGUCCUAUCGAACUCGGUACAAAGUCACUACGAUGAGUCGCUAG